GCCCUCCGCUCCCCACCACGUCCGGUGGCGCCCACCUCGGCCCCGCAGGCCGCCAGGCGCUCGGGGAAGGUGCGGAGGCGGGCUCGCACACGACCCCACACCGUGCCCUGAGCCGACAUGAGCGCUCCGUCCCGUGUCCCAUGGGCGCCGCCAUCUUGGGUCCGUCCUCUUCCGGCGCCGGCGGCCUCGGGAGCACUCGCUUCCGCCCUGACCUUCCCUGCGCGUUCUCAUUGGCAGGUUUCGACCUUCAUCUGCGUGUCUGUUUCUGUUCUGGGACUUUUGAUUGGCUGACACUCAAAUUGUUUACCGAAGCAACGCUCGGUUUCCGCCCCUUCUGCCGCGCGAUUGGCCAGCGUAGCCAGCUCCGCGUGGUGAUUGGACAGACAUCGGCCUGGCGGAAGCGAUUCAAUCCAAAGGUGACUGGUAUCAUGGCUGCGCUGCCGCCGCUGCGGGACCGCCUGAGCUUUCUGCACCGGCUUCCCGUCCUUCUAAAAGGCACCGCAGAUGACGACGUCCCCUGUCCCGGUUACUUGUUUGAAGAGAUUGCCAACAUCUCCCACGAGUCCGUGGGGAGCAGCCAGUGCCUCCUGGAGUACCUUUUGCGACGCCUGCAGAGUAGCUCUGGCCGUGUGAAGCUCAAGGUGCUGAAGAUCCUGCUCUACCUCUGCAACCACGGCUCCUCCUCCUUCCUGCUCAUCCUCAGGCGCAACUCCGCCUUCAUCCAGGAAGCCACAGUCUUUGCUGGGCCGCCCGACCCCCUCCACGGGAGCAGCUUGUACCAGAAGGUGCGGCUGGCCGCCCAGGACUUAGGGAGCGCCCUGUUCUCAGACUCUGUGCCUACGCUGCCUGCGCCCCGGACCCCUAGGCCGCUGCCUCUUGCUGGCAUGGGCUCCCAGCCGCAGCCCCACAGUGGCGCCCUGCAGGGCUUUGGCUUCAGCCAGGAGAGGGGCCAAGGGGGCUCUGUGGGCGAGGCCCUCCUGUCCACCAUCCAGAAGGCUGCUGAGGUGGUGGCAAACGCUGUGCUGCCCGGCCGAGAGUGGCCGGGCCCCCUGAGGCCGGAGCCGGGGGUCAGCACCUACCAGCCCGCUGUGACGCCACCCGCCAGCCACAGCCAACCCCCUCCGGGGAGGCUAGCCCCCGAAGCUGGCCUGGGCAUUCGAGCUGUGAGACACCAGCCGGGGCAGCCCGGGGGCGGCUGGGAGGAGUGUGACAGCAGUCCCAGCUCCCAGGGAUCUUCCCAGAACGGCGGCCGGAGCAGAGUGUCCGACUCCGGCAGUGGCUGUGUCAGUGAGAGCCACUCGGGGACCAUCCGGGAGCUGGGGGAGCAGCUUGACAGGGUGGAAGCCCUGUCCCUGAGCGAUUGCCAACAGGAGGUGAGCCUGGUGAGGGCGCUGGUGCGGGGGCCUCGGGCCUUCCUGAGCCGGGAGGAGGUCCAGCGCUUCCUCAAGGAGUGUGGGCGGCUCAACUGUGAGGCCGUGCUGGAGCUGCUGACCCGCCACCUGGACGGGACCCCCGAGUACGAGCAGAUGAGAACCCUGUGUGCCCUGUCGGCCCUCUGCAGCUCCGACCUGCUGUCCCAGGAGCGGGUGCUUCUGCUGGCCCGGCCCAGGCUGCAGGAACUCGCAGUGCACAACCCCGGGCCCGUGGCCAGCAAGGCCACCAAGAUCCUCAGGCAUCUGGAAGCAUCCUGCCAGCAACGGCCCCUACCCUGGAAGCUCCCGGCUGAGCCCCGUCCUGCUGUGCCCCAGGGUCCUCCACCCAGGCCUCCUGACCUGCUGUCGGACGCUGUGCCUCCUCCAGGCGGCCAGCCAGCCCUGCAGCCUGAAAGCACUGCUCCCGCAGUGGGGCAGCAGCCCACCCCUGCACCCACCCUGGCCCCCCAGGAGGCAGACACAGGUGCAGCAGACUUCCCGGUGCUGGGUGCCGGGUCUGACACGCUGGUCAGAGGCCUGGAGGCUGACCCAGCCCCCAGAGGCUGCCCACAGACCCCAGCGGCUGGUGGCAGCGGCUCCUUGUUUGCUGGCAUGGAGCUGGUGGCCUGUUCCCACCCGGUGAGGGGCCGGGUUCCGGCCAAGGAGCCCCUCCUCCCCCACUCGGUGCCCGAGGCCCCCCGGACGUUGUCACCCAGGGCAGCAGCCUCAGCCACUCCUGCCUGGGAGGUGUCAGCCUUUUCGUUCCUGAACUCAUGACCCCACGCAAGCCACACCCCUCCAGGGGUCCCUGUCCUUGGCUCUCCUGCUGGGCCUCCACCCUCACCCUCCUGCAUCUGGCCAGCACUGAGCUGAGCAGGACCGGAUGUCCCCAUGAAGACCCUGCCGAUGCCCCCUGGACGUGCCCUCCGUCCCACAGGCCACUGGAGCCAGCAGGCGGGGAGGAUGGGUGGUCUGCCGUCCCAGAUCUCUGCACGUCCUGACAUCCCCCCUGGCGCUCAUGGCUUCUUGAGCCCGCUGAGGGCAGCUCCUAGGUCUCCCGGGGAUGGGGGCCAGCAGAGGGUCCAGAGUUCACGGCUCAUACAGAUCAGGGUGGGGUCAGAGUGGGUAUCGCCAAACUGCCCUGGGGUCACCUCCUUGAGUCCUGUGGGACCCACCCUAAUUAACCCCAGAGUUGAGUUGCUCAAUGUCAACAUGUGGGGGGCCCCAUCCCUCCACCCGAGCAACUUGGUUCAUGGUUCAUGGGAGACAAGGCCCUCGGUUUCCCGCUGGCUGGCUGCCUGCUAGGCCUCGCCACAGGGACUGUGUCCACUGUGGCUCUGGAAGAGGUAACUGCCUCUCCUCUGAGGGGACCGAGCUAGAGCCCUCUCCCCCAGAGCACAGCGGUCCCCCUGAUCCAGCUUGGUCUGGGGCCGUGCCAGACCUCAGUCCCUGUUGGCAUGCCCACGGAGACUGGUCUCAGAGGACCCCCCUGCCCAGCCCUGAAGCACCUCGGAGCCUUUGGGUUCACAGUUUCUAAAUAAACACUUGUUUACACAGAGA